AGCCAAAUAGGAAUCUUUCGGCAACUUUUUUUAUUUGAUAGUGCCAAUAUUAAAACAACUGUUUGGCCUCGGGACGUGUUUGUCUACGCAAUACUUUGAUAAACGAUUUGAAUCUCCCCGUACCAACAGCCGAGGUCACGUACAUUUCACAUUUAUCAGACAAGGCAGCAUGAACAUUUUUGUGUUAGGCACGAUUGUGGUUUUGGCAUUUUUUGCGGAACAUACAGACGCGGGUUGCAAUUACCCCGACAUUACUCAUGGAUACCCAACAUAUGCGGUUAGGUAUGAAGAAUGCGGUUAUACUACAUAUCAGUAUCCAUUGAUUUGCCAACCCGACGGAACUUGGCAAAAGGAAGACGCUAUAUGUGAUGGAGGCGAAAAUGCCGAAAAGAUUGCACAACGAGUCGCCCUAAUUCAGCUAUUCGCUUGGCAACAGCAAAAUUCAAUGCAAAGAGAUAAUCGUAACCUGCUGCACCGAAUAAUACACGCCAAUGGCGGACUUCCCGCACCCCACCCACCUAUGUCAGCGGAAGAUCAACUGCAUGUCCUGCUCCACGGUCUUUUCGGCCAACACGCUUAUUUUCCACCAGGCUAUCCGAUUACAACGUCGGAUGAUACUCACUCAUAUCCUAAUUACCCAUCAUCAUAUUUACAAUCUGGCACUGCGCACUUGGGACCUGCAGGCUUGGGCUUGCCAGUUGUUGGACAACCCCCAAAAGGCAGCACUCCUACUCAUUCCCAUCAAUAUCCGACCACAAAUACUGAUGAUAAUCACAAUCAUCAUCAUCCAUCACCUUAUUUACAAUCUGGCACUGCACAAUCAGGACCUGCGAGUCUCGGCGUGCCUGUAGAGAGUUCACCAGUUGUUGGAGUACCUUCAAAAGGCAGCACCUCUCAUUCCCAUCAAUAUCCGACCACAAAUACUGAUGAUAAUCACAAUCGUCAUUCAUCACCAUUUUUACAAUCUGGAAUUGCACAAUUAGGACCUGCUGGAAACCUGGCCUUGCCAGUAGAUUAUCCAGUUGUUGGAGCACCUUCAAAAGGUGGCACCUCUCAUUCCCAUCAACAUCCGCAUUCACACACACCCGAGACGGUUGCACCAGUUGUGUACCCAGCAAAUCAAGGUGAUCAUCAUCACCAACACCAAGGACCAAUGUACGUUCAUCCAUCCAAAAAAUAAAGACGAAAUAGUUAAUCGCGUGGCUAUAUUUUGACCUUUUAUUUUAUGUAUAUUUCGAUGCGUUUUGUUUGGUAUAGCUGUACGAUACCGAUACAAAAAUAUCCGCCAUAGAUGGAUGGAAGCCGAAGAAAGUAUUUUAAAAUUUUGAACAGAUAGGGCGAUGUUUUGUCGGUUCAUUGACGUUGUAGCAAUAUCUCGUUUUUAAAGAUAGGGAAUGUUAAACGAUAGGAUUAAUUGCCAUCGCUUCAUGUGUUGUGUGUCAUUUUGUUUUCAUUGCUUCGUUAUACAAUCUUACCAUUUUUAUCAAAGACGAGGUCAAUUUUGGCCGAAUGCGUUGCUUUCAAUAUUUCCAUACAUUUUUCCUUUAAUUAUGCUUUUGUUGUCGCAUACGAUAACAAAUAAAAUUUAAAUGGAAUUUCAGAAA